AGAGAGAGAGAGAGACAGAGAGAGAGAGAGCGACAGACAGACAGACAGAGACAGAGAGAUAGAGGCCAACAAGGGAGCUUCAUGAUGACGGGGUCGGAUACGAGUAUCGCAUCCCUCGAGCUGCAGCUGCAGCAGCUGCGUGUGGAAGCUGCACGGCUGCAUGAAAAGGCACGCGAACUGCGGCAGCAGCACGCUGGAGCCGCUGAAAUCGACGCUGCAGCUGCCGCUGUGCUUGCCGCGCGCGAGGAGAUUCAGCAUCUAGAAAAGCAGAUCCAACAGCAAGGCGGUUACCAGCAGCCCUCCUUCAUCAAGUACAGGCAACAGUGCGAGAACCUAAUCAAGCGGAAGUUCUUUGUCGUUCCUGCUUAUGAAAUUUACGGCGGCUCUGGAGGCCUCUUCGACUUGGGGCCUCCUGGAUGCGGCUUGAAGAGCCAAAUCGAGGCUCUUUGGAGAUCUCAUUUUGUCCUCGAAGAGGAAAUGCUGGAAGUUUCAGGGCCUUGCCUCACCCCGCACGUAGUUCUCAAGACGUCGGGCCAUGUGGAUCGCUUCACGGAUUUGAUGGUGAAGGAUGUCGUUACACAGGAGUGUUUUCGGGCAGACAAGUACUUGGAAGAGGUCAUUGAGAAGGAGGUCAGGAAGGUGAAGGAGAAUGCGCAGUUGGAAGUCUCGGAGAAGGACGCGAAGAUAGCGGAGCUUGAGCUGAUUCAUCGGCAGGCCGAUGCCUAUACAGCUGAGGAGCUGCAGAGGCUUUUUGAGCGCUUCCAAGUCGUGUCGCCUCACGGCAAUCCUCUUUCUGCUCCCUUUCCCUUCAACCUCAUGUUCGGACUGAAGCUGGGACCUAAGGAGGAGGCUUCCUCCGCAUCUGCCACCCAGGGAAUUCCGCAGGCUGUCAAGGAGCAGCAGCAGCAGAAGCAGCAGAAGCAGCAGCAGCAGCAGCAGCUGGAGGGCCGAGGUUACUUGCGUCCAGAAACGGCUCAGGGUAUAUUUGUGAAUUUUAGGCGCCUCUACGAGUUUGUUGGAGGACGCAUGCCCUUUGCAGCGGCUCAGCUUGGCAUUGGAUUUCGCAACGAGAUCGCUCCCCGAAACGGCUUGCUGCGUGUGAGGGAGUUUCCCAUGGCGGAAAUCGAGCACUUCUGCCAUCCCGAGAAGAAGAACGACUUCCCCAAGUUUGUGGACGUUGAGGAGGCGCUCUUGCCGCUUUUCCCCAGAGAGCGGCAACUGGGGUGUGGAGUGCUGCUCACCGAUAUGCCGCUCAGGGAUGCUGUGGCAAAGGGCAUCGUGGCGAACAAGACGCUUGCUUACUUUCUUGCCAGAACGUACAGCUUCCUGCUCAAGAUCGGCCUGCAGCAAAAACACAUUCGCUUCAGGCAACACCUCAAAACGGAAAUGGCACACUACGCCUCCGACUGCUGGGAUGCUGAAGUGGAGACGGCCUAUGGAUGGAUCGAAGUCGCUGGGCAUGCAGAUCGUGCAGCCUUCGACCUAAGCAGCCAUACACGGGCCUCUAAGGUGGAUUUGGUUGCGAUGGAGAGGUUUGAUCCUCCGCUUCGGCUGUCAGUGCUAAAGCCAAUUUUCAACAAGCAGCGGAUAGGAGCUGUGUUUCGGCAGAGUCAGAAAGCCGUGGUUGCUGCGAUCGAGGCGUUGUCGGACAAGGAGAAGGAGGCCGUUGAGGAGCAGCUGGAAACAAGUGGGGUGUACAGACUGGUGGUUCCGUCGGCUUGCAGCGGGGGGGGUGACAAGUCGAACGGUGCAAAUGCUGAGGCAUACGACUUGACAAGGGAAAUGGUUCGCUUCGAGGCAGCCACGCAGACUGUCGGCGAGCGCCCCUAUAUCCCCUCAGUAGUUGAGCCGUCAUUUGGCAUUGGUCGCAUUCUCCAUUGCGUUCUGGAGCACAGCUUCUGUUCUAGGGGCAUAGAGGGUCAAGAAGAACGUGUUUUCAUGCGCUUCCCACCCCUGGUGGCUCCCACGAAGGUGGCCUUGCUGCCACUUUCCAACAAUGCGAUGUUCAACCCCAUGUUGCAGCAGCUGAGGCGACAGUGCGUCCUGCAGCAGCUCACCGUCAAGGUCGAUACCAGCGGAGCUUCCAUAGGCCGUCGCUACGCGCGAGUCGAUGAACUUGGCACGCCUUUCGCGCUCACCAUCGACUUCCAGUCGCUAGAAGACAAUGGGGUCACUUUGCGGGAGCGAGACUCCAUGCAACAAGUCCGCAUUCCUGCUGCAGAAGCUCCCGCACGCGUCUCUGAACUGUGUCGUGGCGAACUCCUUUGGAAGGAUAUCCUGAAUCGAUAUCCGCUGGUGGUUGUUUCCGAGCAGUAA